CUUCUCUACUUCUCUCUCUCUCCUCUCUCCCCCACCGCACCGCACCGCACCCGAUACCCUACCUCACUUCGCCGCCCCGCUUCGACGGCGCGCGCUUCCGACCCGGCUCGUGUUCCGCCCGGCCGGAUCCGACGGUCGCUCGCUGCUGCAGCGGGCGCUUGCUGUGCGUCGCGUCGGUUCGGCCGGAGGGAGGGAGGGAGGCGGAGCCUAGCCUUCCCUGGGUCUCGGAGAUGGCGGCGCCGCCGGCGAGGGCCCGGGCCGACUACGACUACCUCAUCAAGCUGCUCCUCAUCGGCGAUAGCGGCCAAAUGGCAUCAUGCUACAGGGAGCAUGUUCAUGGUGUUGGUAAAAGUUGUCUCCUUUUACGGUUCUCAGAUGGCUCCUUCACCACUAGCUUUAUCACCACCAUUGGGAUUGACUUCAAAAUAAGAACAGUUGAGCUUGAUGGUAAGCGCAUAAAGUUACAGAUAUGGGAUACUGCUGGUCAAGAACGUUUUCGAACUAUUACAACCGCCUACUACAGGGGUGCAAUGGGAAUUUUGCUUGUCUAUGAUGUUACUGAUGAGUCAUCUUUCAAUAAUAUAAGAAACUGGAUUAGGAACAUUGAGCAACAUGCUUCCGACAAUGUGAAUAAAAUUUUGGUAGGCAACAAAGCUGACAUGGAUGAAAGCAAACGGGCUGUACCGACUUCAAAAGGGCAGGCUCUUGCUGAUGAGUACGGCAUCAAGUUUUUUGAAACGAGUGCCAAGACCAACCUGAACGUGGAGCAGGUUUUCUUCUCCAUAGCAAGAGAUAUCAAGCAAAGACUUGCUGAAUCUGAUUCAAAGCCAGAGGACCGCACGAUCAGUAUUAACAGACCUGAGGGUGGUGAGGCUUCGGCGUCACAAAAAUCAGCUUGCUGCGGAUCGUGAGGGGGUUAAAUUGUCACAGGGAAAAGGAAGAUAAAUAGUGUGAUACCAUGCUUGUAAUUUACCCUUCUACCUUUUAUUUGGCUGUCAUCGUUCUCUUCUAACUUUUAAUUGCAAUUGCUUGGAUUCAGAUUUCUCUGUGUUGUAAUGUGAACAAUUUUAGUUGUACCCCUGGUAGAAAUGCAAGUGCUCAUAAGUCAAUGCACCUUGUGUUAAUGGAAAUGCUUGCAAAGUCGUUGCAGAGUUUA